AUGAUUGACAUCAUCAAGCACAAUCUUUUGUGGGACGUUUCCUUGGAAGCGAACCACAACGAGUCAGUUUCAGUGAUCGACUUUAUCAGACACACUCUGAUGAAAAGCAAGAGUGUACGGGAGAGCAUGAACAGAGCGCGGCCGAACAGCUCGUUAGAUGAUCUUGAUUCAGAUGAUAGCGUGUUCGUCCAAGAGUACCUAAGGCAGCUGAACGAGUCCAUGGACGUUGAACCUCACGAGCCGCAAGUUGUCCCGCUUGCAGAGGAGCGAGAGAGCUCGUCCGAGGGAGAGUUGCUGAUGAUGGCAGAGGGUGACAUCGGAGGAGAUGAGUUCGUCUCCGUCAUGGACAGACUGGGCAAGCUGGAGAAGGAGGAUUUCAAUAUCCGUCUUCGAGGGAGGAAUCUGUCGAUGUAUGAUGGGAGGAUAAAGGAGAAGUGGGAGAACGAGUUGUACAUGCUGUCGUCGAAGGGAAACACACGAACUUCCAGUUUGAGCCUGUUCAGUGGUAGGAUGACUUUCCCGAAGAGGUCGAGCCUUCAGGCGGCUGCUAGGGAGGGCUGGAAGGAGGAGAGGAGUCAGCUGCUCAUCGAGCGAGGGUUCCACUCCGUGUGGACAGAGGAGAGUUUCAAUUCUACAAGGGGUGUCGCAAUCCCUCCAAAGAUCAAGAUCGGGCCAUCGAGCAAGGAGUUCCGCAGGAGCAACAGCUCUCGGUUCAUCUAUGUGCAUGGCUCUGACAAGGGGGACUGUCUGGUUUUGGGACAGUGGCGGUUCCGUCAGGGUUGUAAUGGAGGAACCAGCCAUGUCAGUUUUAUCCACGUCAUGAAUGAUUUCUACAGGCAAGCAUACCACGGCUCAGUCACGCUGAGGAUCGAGGGCGGAACAUGGACCUUUCAGAAUUGCAACCUCUACUGCAAGCAGGGAGACGUACUGCACAGCGUGUUUGCAAGUCAAGUGGCGAUUGACAACUGCGAUGUGGGUGGGCUGGGACCCAACGAUGAGAGAGCUUGCAACGGUGUCGUUGUGAAAUAUCAGAGUUCCUGCAACCUUACAAACAGCAGCGUCGUGUACACGGGCUACUCCUGCUGUGGUAGCGGCGUAAAGUACCAUGAUGUCAACUUCCGCGUCUCCCCAGGAGGGACGAUGCUCGUCGAUCAUUGCCGCGUCCACACUGCGAGGGUCGCGUCCUUCGCACUGCUGCGCUACCGCAGGGAGUACUCCGAGGAGGUCAAGGAGAAGCUGAAUCGAAUGCCCAAAUGGCGUGAGCUCCAUGCUGCGCUCGAGAGGGACAAGCGAGCAGCUUUCGUGCGUGUGAGAAAGAGCGUUGUACAUCAAGUCGGAGAUGGCCUCCCGCUUUGGUUGCGGAAGAUGGAGCACGGGAGUUUCAUGCUCGAGGGAGAAAACAAGCUGGAGGAGGCAGACGCGUAUUUCACUUCACGGGUGGAGAUCGACGAGUUCGGAAACUAUCGAGAUCCGCGGUAUUAA